UAGAAGCGCUCACAUGAAGACGCAUCGCGUGCAGGAGCAGCAGCAACAGCAACAGCAACACCAACAGCAACAACAAUCAGYCGCUGAAGCGUCCACCAGCAGCAAUAACACAGUUGCGUCUGCGCAAAGUCAACAGCUAAGCGCGAUUCAAAGUCACCAUCAACACCAGCAACAACAACAAUCGACGUUUGAGCAAAAAUCCUGAAUUUAGACCCCCUCAACCCA